CAAGCGGCGGCUAGCGGCAUUCGGCAUUCUAAGUUGGUUCGUGAAACGAGAGGGUUGUCAAUUCGGAUAGUGAUACAUAAACAAUGGAUUAUCUGUUGGACGAUGACUUGAUUCUCCGAGGGGUGCAGUGAGACAUUUCUUGGUGAACAAAUGUGUGCUGGGAAGUGAUUAUUUCUACGAGAUCUCUAGGAAUUUUCAUCAAGAUGAAGCUCUGUGGUUUCACGUUCACUCUUCUCGCUACCCUCUUCAUUGCCAUUGAAACGGUCGCAGCCGGUGCUGUGAAAUCGUGUUCUCCUAACCCCUGCAAAAACAAAGGAACUUGUGGUCCUAAUCGUUACGGUGAUCUGGUUUGCAAUUGCACAAGGGACUACGUGGGCGACUUCUGCCAGCAUGCCAAUCCUUGUGCCAAACACCCGCCGCAAUGCCAAAACGGUGGCAGCUGCGUCGUGACAGAGCCCAGGGGUUUCAUUCCGUCCUGGAGGUGCGAGUGUCCCAUCGGCUUCACAGCUUCCCUGUGUGAAAUCGCGGUGAGCAAUGUGUGUGACAAGUCCCCUUGUCAUAACAAUGGCCAGUGCGUGCUCAAAUCGUUGGAUAGAUACACCUGCAAAUGUGCUCAGGGAUACACAGGUCAACUUUGUCAGCUGAAGGACCACUGCGCGAAGACCCCAUGUAAGAAUGGAGCGACCUGCACUUCUCUGCGUGAUAGUUUUCGCUGCACCUGUCCGCCUGGCUACAGUGGAGAAACUUGCGAAAUGGAUAUUGAAGAGUGCAAAAAGGAACCUUGCAAAAAUGGACUCUGCUUUAACACACCUGGGUCAUACAAGUGCAUUUGUGACCCAGGCUGGACUGGCCAGAACUGUGACAUGGCCUUCAAACCUUGCGAGCCAUCUCCCUGCCAGAAUGAAGGAUCCUGCCGCGCAUUGGCUGACUUCAAAUACGAAUGCGAUUGUCUAGUUGGUUUCAGAGGCAAGAACUGCGAGAUCAACAUCGACGAUUGUGCACGCAACUUGUGCCAGAACGGUGCGACCUGCGUGGACGACGUCAAUCGUUACUCAUGUCAGUGUCCUCCGACUUUUACUGGCGAACUCUGCGAACGCGAUGUCGACGAGUGCAAGCAAAACGUGUGCCACAACGGCGGCACCUGUUCAAACAGCAAGGGUGGCUACUCGUGCAUUUGCGUCAACGGAUGGGGUGGACAAGAUUGCACCAUCAAUAUUGACGAUUGCGCCUCCGCCAGUUGCUUCAAUGGCGCCACUUGCAUCGACAGGGUUGGAUCCUUCUACUGCCAAUGUCCCCCUGGAAAGACUGGUUUGCUUUGCCAUUUGGACGACGCGUGUACCUCCAACCCUUGCCACAAGGACGCCAUCUGCAACACCAGCCCCAUUGAUGGUUAUUACACCUGCUCCUGCGCCCCUGGUUACAAUGGUACGGACUGCAGCAUUGACGUCAACGAGUGCGAUCUUGGUUUUCCAUGCGAACACGGUGGUACGUGUGUGAAUAUUCCCGGCUCCUACAAGUGCAGCUGCAUGAAUGGCUUCACCGGCCCAAGAUGCGAAGUAAACGUCAAUGAGUGCGAAUCGCAGCCCUGCCAAAAUCAGGGGUCAUGCCUCGACGAUCCGGGCAGUUUCCGCUGCGUCUGCAUGCCUGGUUUCACUGGACAACAGUGCGAACAGGACAUCGACGAGUGCUUGGAUAACAAGUGUCUUAAUGGUGGCGUUUGCAUUGAUUUGAUCAAUAAGUUCCGAUGCAACUGUCCGAUCGGUUUCACUGGUUCCCAUUGCGAGACGAACAUUGACGACUGCGAACCUGAUCCGUGCAAAAACGGUGGCGAUUGCCGAGACUCGAUCGCCAGCUAUUCAUGCGACUGCCCUCCCGGCUUCACCGGCACCGAUUGCGAAACCAACAUCAAUGACUGCCAGAGCAAUCCUUGCCAGAGGGGCCAGUGCAUCGAUGGCGAAAACACGUUCUCAUGCAACUGCUACCCUGGCUGGACCGGACGUUUGUGCCACACGCAGAUCGACGAGUGCCAGUCCAACCCGUGCCAAAAUGAUGGAGAAUGUCACGACAUGAUAAAUGGCUACCAGUGCAGCUGCAAACCCGGCACACAGGGCACCAACUGCGAGCAUAACAUAAACGAAUGCGCUUCCAACCCGUGCAGAAAUGGCGCCCAUUGCAUCGAUGGGUACAAUAAAUACACUUGUGAUUGUUUGCCUGGCUAUUACGGAAUCCACUGCGAAGUAGACAAAAAUGAGUGUGAUUCAAACCCUUGUAAAAACGGUGGCAAAUGCAUUGACCUAGUCAAUGGAUUCAAGUGUAUUUGCCCGAAGGGUUAUUACGGAACCUUAUGCCUGAGUGAUGUUGAUGAAUGUUCGUCUGGACCUUGUCUCAACGGUGGCUUCUGUGAAGAUGGCGUCAACACUUACAGCUGCAAAUGCAAGCCAGGCUACUAUGGCCAAAGGUGCCAACAUGAAAUUGAUGAGUGUAGCUCAAACCCAUGCCAGCACGGCGGCCAGUGCAAAGACCUAUUGGCUAAUUAUGAAUGCAGCUGCCCUCCUGGCUUCACCGGCACCAACUGCGAAACCAAUAUUGACGACUGUCGACCAAAUCCGUGCAAGGGCUUAGGGACAUGCAUUGAUAUGAUUAAUGACUACAAGUGCGUCUGUGAGUUGCCCUACACCGGCCGCAACUGUGAGAACACUCUGGAUCCAUGCCAGCCUAACAGGUGUCGUCAAGGCUCACGCUGCAAUCCGUCUGCUAAUUUCCUGGAUUUCGCCUGCAUUUGUGAGCGCGGCUGGACUGGUCGUCUCUGCGACCAGGACAUCAAUGAGUGCACAAGUGCAGCGCUUCCAUGCAGGAAUGGUGCCAGUUGCAUUAAUACGGAUGGAGGCUACCACUGCGAAUGUGCCAGAGGCUACGAAGGACAGGACUGCCUUAUCAACACGGACGAUUGUGCUCUCAACCCAUGUCAAAACGGCGGUACUUGUUUGGAUGGUAUUGGUGAUUACAGUUGCCUCUGCAUCGAAGGAUUUGGCGGUCAAAACUGCUCAAUUGAUAUCGACGAGUGCGAGUCAAACCCAUGCAAAAAUGGAGCCACUUGUAAGCAGUACGUGAACUCAUACACUUGCUCUUGCCCGCUUGGCUUCAGCGGUGCCACCUGCGAAAUCAACGACAAUGAUUGCACGCCGUCGUCAUGCAUGAAUGAAGGCAAGUGCAUUGACGGCAUCAACAACUACACAUGCAUCUGCAGGCCAGGAUUUGAAGGCAUCAACUGCCAAACCAGGAUCAAUGAAUGCGACUCUAACCCCUGCCUGAACGGUGCCACCUGCCAGCAGACUAUGUACUUGGUGAAUGUAAGCGGCUCGCGUAAGCAAGUAUUGCCAACGGGACAAGGUUACUCUUGCCAUUGCCCUUACGGCUACGCAGGAUCAAGGUGCGAAGCAAUUGUGGACUGGUGCAACACAAAGCCGUGCUUGAACGGCGCCACGUGCACUCAGGAAGACCACCAGUUCUCCUGCCGAUGCGCGCCUGGCUGGACCGGAAAGCUGUGCGACGUCGAGAUGGUGUCAUGCAGUGACGCCGCCUAUCGCAAAAACUUGUCGGUCGGGAAUUUGUGCAACAAGGGCUCUUGCGAGAACUUUGGCAACAGCCACCGCUGCAACUGCAAGGAUGGCUACACUGGCUCAUACUGUCAGGACGAAAUUGAUGAGUGCAUGUCGGCACCCUGCAUGAACGGCGCCACUUGCGUCGAUCAAGAGGCUAGCUAUUUCUGCAAGUGUCAGAAGGGAUUCCAGGGUCCCAACUGCGAGGUCAACAUCAACGACUGUGAACGCAAUCCGUGCCAAAACGGCGGCAUAUGCCACGACGCAAUCGACUCAUUCUCUUGCUCAUGCCCAGCCGGCACCCUCGGCGUCAUCUGCGACGUUAACCUUGACGAUUGUAAGAAUGACUCGUGCCACAACGGUGGCAACUGCACGGAUAAGGUGAACGGAUUUGAGUGCACUUGUCCGCCUGGAUUUGUCGGGCCAAGGUGCGAGGGUGACGUUAAUGAGUGUCUCACCGCACCUUGUUCGAGCAUUGGCACCCAGGACUGCGUGCAGCUGAUCAACAACUACCACUGCAACUGCAGACCUGGUUAUAUGGGCCGUCACUGCGAAUCUAAGGUAGACUUCUGCGCAGCAUCUCCCUGUUUGAACGGCGGGCAGUGCGAACCGACGAACGACUACUUCCAUUACGGAAAAAUCGACCCCCACGCUAGAGGACACAAGUGCAUUUGCAGUAACGACUUCUUUGGCAAGAACUGCGAGUUCUCUGGCUCUCUCUGCAACAAGAAUCCAUGCAUGAAUGGUGGCAAUUGCAGAUUGAACUCUGACGACCAUAGAGGGUUCAGCUGCGACUGUCCUCAUGGUGUUGCGGGCGAAUAUUGCGAAAAGGACGAUUACGACGACUGCUUGAGCAGUCCGUGCCAAUCUGUAAAUGCUAUCUGCCAAGAUCUCGUGGGUGAUUUCGCGUGUUUCUGCCCUCCUAAGUGGAAUGGUAAGAGAUGUGACCACUUUGACCCUUCCUUCAAAGGCGGACGCGUAGAAAAAGAACAAAUAAUGACAAGCAGCACUCAGGGCGUGCGGCGGAAAAUAAGUGAUGAAGACUUACAGAUUUGCGAGCGGAACAACUGCAGUGCUAAAGUGGGUAACAGGCGCUGCGACGAAGAAUGUAAUAAGUACGCUUGCCUUUUCGACGGCGGCGACUGCUCGCUUGGUCUGAACCCGUGGCGGGAUUGCACAGUGUCGACCAUUGACUGCUGGAAUGUGUUCCAAGACGGCUACUGCAAUGAUGAGUGCAACAACGCGCUUUGCAACUUUGACGGUCACGACUGCGAAAAGAAAAUCAACCCGUGCAACCCUGUGUAUGACACCUACUGCAACGUGCACUACGGCAACGGCAAAUGCGACUACGGCUGCAACAACGAGGAGUGCGGUUGGGACGGCAUGGACUGCUCGGAAGAGCCAGUCAAACUGGCAGACGGUAUGAUUGUGGUCUACCUGAAAAUGGAGAUUCCCGUCUUCCAGCGCCAAGCAAAGAUGUUCCUGCGCGAUACAGGACGCAUUCUAAGGACCUCGCUCCGCAUCAAAACUGAUGCAUACGGAAACGAAAUGAUCUAUAAUACUGGACCAGAAGACCCUGUCCAAAACGCAAUCAAGGUCUUUUUCUUGGUGGACAACCGCAAGUGCCGUGAGCCUGGCGUCGAGUGUUACGACAGCGCUUUGGCUGCUGCUGAUUACUUGGCCGCCGGAGCUCUGUCACACAACCUGCCAAAGACCUUCCCCAUCGUGCAGGUCAAGGGCAUUGAUAAGAUGGAUAGUCCCGUUAAGUCCAAUCCGAUUUACAUCGUGCUUGGCUUUGGCCUCAUCAUCUUGAUCGUCUUGGUCAUUUAUAUGGUUAUCAACAACCAGCGGAAGCGAGCGGCAGGUGUUACAUGGUUCCCUGAAGGCUUCCUUAAGGGCAACAACGGUAACAAUAGACGACGCUCGCACCGCCGUGGACCUGACGGGCAGGAGAUGCGAAACAUGAAGAACCAGCCUCCUGGUUGCAUGGACAUCGACUCUGUGAUGGGUGGAAUGCCGCCUAACAUGUCACACGGCCAGCAAUGGUCAGAUGACGACGAAUCGGACUUACCCCCUCCUAAAAGAAUGCGUGGCCCCGGCGACAUAACCAUAAGUUACUCAAGCGACAACACCAACGUCACUGAUUACGAGGAGCCUGAACCUCGCGUAUGGACGCAACACCAUUUGGACGCGGCCGACUUGAAUCGCCGUCCGGACGCAUCCGCUUUGCUGACUCCACCGAGCGGAAAUACGGACGUGGAUGCCCGCGGGCCCCUGGGCAUGACUCCUCUGAUGGUGGCAGCCGUCCGCGGCGGCAGCAACGGCACCGGUCUCGAUCAGGGUGUGCCCACUGACGAAGUCGAGGAGGAGGACGCUACCGGCCAAGUUAUCGCUGAUCUGGUAGCCCAAGGUGCGGAGCUCAACGCCGCAAUGGACAAAACCGGCGAGACUUCGCUGCAUCUUGCUGCCAGGUACGCCCGGGCGGACGCCGCUAAGCGACUGCUGGACGCUGGUGCUGACGCCAAUUCGCAAGACAACACCGGCAGAACGCCUCUGCACGCCGCAGUGGCCGCCGACGCCAUGGGCGUCUUCCAGAUCUUACUGAGGAACAGGGCCACCAACCUUAACGCCAAGAUGCACGACGGCACCACACCUCUCAUCCUGGCCGCCAGACUGGCCAUCGAGGGCAUGGUGGAGGACCUGAUUAGCGCCGACGCCGACAUCAACUUGGCUGACAACGCGGGCAAGACUGCCCUCCACUGGGCGGCCGCCGUCAAUAACGUUGACGCUGUCAACAUCCUACUGAAUCACCUAGCCAACAAAGAUGCUCAAGAUGACAAAGAUGAGACUCCCUUGUUCCUGGCAGCGCGAGAAGGCUCAUUUGAGGCGUGUCGUUCGUUGCUCGACAGUGGCGCCAAUCGCGACAUCACAGAUCACAUGGACAGACAACCUCGAGACGUUGCUCAGGAGCGACUUCACAAUGACAUAGUCCGCCUGCUGAGUGAGCACGUUCCCCGGUCACCUCAAAUGAUCGCGAUGCUGCCCAACGCGGCUGGUCUGGGAGGCUUGACUUCGCCAACCAUGAUGCCGCACCACCCAACCGUGAUUAAUUCAAAGGUGCGGGGCAGCAAGAAACAGCGAGCUACCAAGUCGCCAACAAGUCCAGAGAGUGGUGACCAGCCAAGGAGGAAGGCGUCCUCCACCAAGAAGAAGAAACAGGCAGAGCCCAUCAGGAGUGUGGAAUCAGCCGCCAGCUCUCUUUCACCCAUUGGCUCUCUCGAGUCGCCUCACAACCACGGUGAAGUGCCCAGCCCUUAUGAUGGUAUCACCCAGGGCUACACAGCAGGCAUCACCCUCCUGCAGAACUUGGACUUGCCUCCCCAGAUGCUGGGGAACGGCACCAAGAUGCCACCCUCCUACGAAGAGUGCCUGAAGAACACGUCAGCUGCUAUGCACCACAAGAUGGACUCGUAUUACUCGGUGCCAUCGCAGUUGCACCACAUUCUGCACCAGCGCCAAGCCAGCACCCUCUCACCCCCGCACUCAGGCAGUUCAGUGGCAUUGUCGCCACCAAACUCCAGCUACGUUGGUUCGCCAUCACCAGCAAAGAACAGACCCAACCUGCCCACAUCGCCCACACACAUGCAGGCGAUGCGAGCUGCUCAGCACAAACAGAUGCAGGCGAACAUGCAGAUGCAGCAGCAGACGUAUGAGUACCCGCAGCCGCCUCUGCAGCAGCAGCAGCAACAACAACAACAACAACAGCCGCCGCAGCUGCCACAACAGGACGGCGUGUUCCGCUAUUACACGCAGGCGGGCGCGCAGGGUCACUCUCCCGCAUUCUCGAUGGACAUGAACAGUCCAUCAUACAUGAUAGACACCAACCACCAGAGUCCACAAAACACCUUCCUCGCGCCGCAGCAGAGCGACAUGUCUCACGGCGUGCAGCCGGACAGCUACCCGACGCCGUCUCCCGAAUCGAUGCAAUCGGCCCAGUCGGUCAACUCACCCGACCACUGGUCGACGGCGUCGUCGCCACCGACCAACUCAGACUGGUCCGACUGCAUAUCCAGCCCGCAAGGGAUGAUGUACCACCCUGGCGGCGGCGCUGCGCAGAGCAAACCAGGCGAGGCCAUUUACAUCUGAAAAUCUGUGAUUUGCACCAAGAUAUGAAUUUGAAGUGUUAAGACUGUUGAAUAUCCCUGAGAAUUUUAUGCUACUAUGUGGAAUUUUAAUUUAUGCCGUGAAAGUGAACAGUAUACAAACACUCGUUAAAUCGCGAAAGAGUGCCUUCGAAUCGAGCCAUAUAUUCAGUGUCACUAUUUUAUGUACAUUCAGAGUUAGAGCAGUUUUUGUAAACCUUCCCAAGGUGGUGCCUUAGCAAGUGCUUUAAACCUGGUCUCUUUUUGUCUCGCUUCCAAGCCCUCUGUCGGCAAAACAAGGCAGUCUCAAGGAGGUCCAUUAACUGAAGCAGACCGUUCAGUGCUUUUUUCUGUAAAUAGCAUUUUACUAAGACAUGACUCUCCAGAGAUGGGCGGACUCUCAAACAUUGACGAAUUUCUUCAUGUACGGAUCUCGAAAAUUCACCUUCAUAUAACUCCUCGCACAAAAUCCGCCCCCUUUGGAGUAGCAGCUUUUUCCAUUGUUGCUGUACAAAUAUAUCAUCUAGGGAGUGAAUGAUGAUUUUUAAAAUGGGAAAGCUUUGUGGGAAUAUUCAGACCGAGUUGGUACUUACUCAACUUAGGAUUUUUGUAUUAUACUGUUUGAAAAUCAGAAUGUCUUUAUUAACUGAGUAUAGAAACCCAAGUGCAAUGUGUCAAUUUCGAACGCCACGUGCUUUCAAGCAAAGCAUUCCACCUGUCAGGGGAAUUUAAUUGAAAUGGAAUCUCAUUUAGUUAGUGUUUUUGGGGAAUCUCACUAGAGCAAUUAUCUGACAUAAAUUGUAAAGGUGCAUUUUCAUCAGAGGUUGUCACAGAUUUUUGAUUAAACAAAAAUUACUCCUUUGCAGAGGGUUAGAAUUAGGUCAAAAACCUUCAGAAAGUUAAAAUCCUGGCACUUUCUUGGACUUUAAAAACUUAAUGUUGCCAUCCAAUGAGUGAAACCCUGAUUCCGUUUUGUAUAAAUGGACUUGCAAUAAAAAAUUUUAAACUUAAGUUUUCAACCUGCAGAACAUAGAAUUAAGUUCAAUCUGCGCAACAUUAACAACUAUGAAACUGUAAUUCAUGCCAUUUUGCAUGCAAGAAGACAUUUUUGUAAUUUCCAAUAAAACGCCUUGUAUUUUAUAAAUAAAA